UAUCGGCAGCCUUAUAUUUAUCUAGCAGGCAGGCUUAUAAACGCUUAGCUACUUCUUUGUAAAAAAAUCAAGCAAAAAAAACCGAUAAUAUUGUCUGAAACAGAAGUACAUUCGGUAGCUAGCUACCUUAGUUUGGGUGUGAGAGAAAAAAAAACAUCCAAGCAAGCUUACUACGUCACUGAUCUAAAAGUAGCGGGAAACUUCCACUCCUCGCAACUGUAUAGCAACCGUUGCUACCAGUACCACUGAAGAAACGUCCUUAUCCAUGUAAACAUGUCUGGAGACAACGCGGAAGACAAAGUUCAUCAUGCAUCUAACAGCAAAGGCAUCUCUCUUCCAAUGACUCGCGUGAAACUGAUCAUGAAAAGUUCUCCCGACGUCUCAAGCAUCAACCAAGAGGCUCUUCUCAUCACCACCAAAGCAACAGAACUGUUCGUUCAGUACUUGGCUCUGUCCUCGUUCAACAAUGGAUCGGGUAAAGACAAUAAGACACUCUUGUACAGUGAUCUGGCCAAUACUGUUGCGGGAACAGAGACUUUUCAGUUUCUCACAGAUAUCCUACCAAAGAAGAUAUUCGCUCGAGAUUACCUGAAGCUCAUAGAGGAAAAUCCAAUUGAGGAAGCAGACAAUUGAAAAGACAUGCAACCCUUCAAGCAAUAGUGGUUGCUAGCAUGGAGUCUGUUGAAUCUUUUUUUCUUCAGCUCAUUCCUGAAGUAGAUUACAUCCAUACUACUUCCAGGUGAUGGCAUUGUGUAGGCCUACAUCUUCCCUGAGACGUACUAGAGUAUAUUAUGUUUACUACCAUUAGUUGCCCAGUCAUCCGGAUAAUGGUUAUCCAGUUUGGGGUCAGAAAGAAUCAGUAUGUGAGUUGACUACAGAUAAAGCGUUAAAAUCAUAAUCAUAUGUUGACCCAGAUUCCACCCCCAUAUUCCCCCCUACAGCAAUCACCUGCUGCCGAAGAGAAACGUCCGUGCUUCCUCUGGUUUUGAUACCACUCGGUGCAAAUAGUGCAAGCUUUCAUCUGUUUUGGGCAUUAUUUUUCUAAACAAGAUCUUGAAGCAAAGGUUGAACAAAUCAGGUAUUCCAUACAAGCGAUGCAGUUCUCAGGUCAAACCAAAUUGACUCAUUCGUUGUGUCCUUUUUAUAAAGAGGAACCCCAAUGUGCAGUCUUUGCUAAUGCUGACUAUCUACUUUAUAUGAUAUACCUUUCAUUCAUAAACAAUGUUGCUAACUAAUCUUUAGAGAUCUACACAUGCAAACCGAAUCCUUUUAGCAACGUGACUGAGUAUAAAAGACACUUUAGACUUUUGCUGUGUUUAAUGUGAUAUAUUUACCAUAUUACUCAGUUAAAACCAUUGGUAGUUUCAGUACUGGGUGGUUGCAGGCAGCACUAAUUUAAUAUCGAAUCUCUUAUUUCAUUUUUUAGUAACAGCUCCUCUCAGAUUGUGAUGACUUUACGAGGACAGGCAUUGCAAUAUUUAGGUUUAUGUGAAGACUGGACAAAAAACCAAAUCAUCACAAACAGACUUAAUGCUACAUUUAUUAAAUCAAAGUGUAAAUAUGCUACUGUGUGUGGUUGAAAGCUGUAGCGUGUAUUGUCUCAAAUGGAAAGAAUGCACUGAACUUCAACCGCUGUGUAUAUAUUUUCUACAAGUGUUUGUAACAGCAAUUUCAUCCCAUCUAACGAUGGAGACUUGCCUUUUGUAUGUUUUUGUGUUCCAUAGUUUAGUUAAUGAAAAUAAGAUCUUCAUGCUAUACAGAUUAGGUGUCAUUCCCUAUUUGUGUUGCAUUAUUGUUUUCACCUUGUUGCAACAAAGCAUUUACAUAUAAAUGUUACAAUUUUAUACCACAAAAUAUAAGUGUCACACAGUUUUACUUCAAUAAAUAACAUCUCUUUAUGGAACAGGUGUGCAUGCUGAGUAUAAAAAUAGAUUUUAUUUCCAUCAAAAUCUCCUUGAUGCUGUAGGCUUUGCAUGCAGUUUGGGUUUCAGAUAGGAUUAAAAUACACCUAAUAGGAAUGUGACUACGGAGGAAUAAAAUACCUAGUUCAUAUACAGAGAAAGUGCACCUCAUGCUUUGUAAAGGUUUUUUUAAACCCUGAGUUUGCAUGCAUUGUUAGUGGGAUAUAUUACAUGAUGGUACAGUUCAUUCAAAAGCUGACAAAAAAAUAGCCUGAAGAACACAUCAUUCACUGUGCCAUUAGUUUGUCAAGUCGGAGUUGCAUGAUGUGUAAAGACUUCUCUAGGCUGGAGAACUGUUCCUCUAGGAGGGCUGCCACGUUGUCUUUUCCAUUGAUGGAGUCCUUCGUUUUGGCAAUGUGCUCCUUUAUACUAGAAACAGACAUUUAUAAAAUCACAAAAGGUUCUCAUACACAUGAACCUAAAAACAGGUUUCAUACAUUUUACCAUAAUGUACUCUGAGCUCCUAAAUAUUUACAUUGACACACUAUCAAUUACACACACAUUAGUAUUUACUUGUAUAUCUUUGUAUUUUAUGAGUGUGUGACUGUUCUUGUCUAUCGGUGUAACAGUGUUUUGUUACUAGUCAUGUUUUUGUGUGGACCCCAGGAAGAAUAGCUACUGCUUCGGCAAAAGCUAAUGGGGAUCCGAAUCAACAAAUACCAGCGAGAUUGGUUCAAACUG